AUGUCCUCUUUGUGGAAAAAUGAUAAAAAAGCGCCUUCACCUGUUGAAUCUCCAUCAAAAAGUAAUAAACAUGUAAUCACAAUAUCGAGAUCGGAAAUUGCCGAACGUACUCGUGGAUUGGUUUCAAGUUUUCUUAUUGCGCAAUCACAGAGUUCUUUAAAAUUGCGUGUGCUUGAACUAUGCAACCAUUUUGCCGAAUAUCCAUCGAGCCGUAUUUUGGCAGUUGAGGAUAAGAGAUUUAUGAACACUUUACAUAGAUAUUUGCGAAAAUUAGAUGACGAAUCAGUGAAAGGAUGCAUACGACAAUGCUUAUCAGUAAUGGGAUAUGUUGGUUCACCAAAAGGAUGCGGUGUGCGUAUUUUGGCCAUCGACGGUGGUGGCACAAGAGGAAUGAUGGGCCUUGAAGUAUUACAAUCAUUGGAGGAAUCUCUUGGCGGAUUAAAGAUUUGUGAAGUUUUUGACCACAUUGUUGGCGUUAGUACGGGUGCAAUUAUUGCAGCAUUGCUUACAGUCAAGAAACUCUCGAUCAGUGAGUGUAAAGAUAUUUAUUACAAUACUUCUCGUGAACUUUUUAAUCAAGGGCGAAUUUCUGGUGUAAGUGGAUUGUUGAUUUCGCAUUCUUAUUACGACACUAAAAAGUGGAUUGAAAUGUUAAAAAAGCUAACAGGCGAAGAAACUUUAUUGGAUACAUGUCAAUGUGGAAAAACACCAAAAUUGGGCUUGGUCUCAUGUAUUGUAAAUGCUCCUGGCCUAAUACCCUAUGUCUUCCGUAAUUAUGAACAUCCGCCUGGAUGUGAUAGUCAUAUUCGCGGCGGUUGCAAGCAUCCUAUUUGGCAAGCACUUCAGGCUUCUGCAGCAGCUCCGGGAUAUUUCAAAGAAGUAGCCAUUGGCUCAGUUCUGCAUCAAGAUGGUGGAGUAUUAGUCAAUAAUCCAACUGGCCUUGCUGUUCAUGAAGCACGAAUGCUUUGGCCCGAUGAAAAAUUGCAAUGCGUUAUCUCUGUAGGCAAUGGACGAACGGUAACUGAACUUGAGGCAACAGAUGUCAGGAUGUCGACCAGCAUUCAAGAUAAACUACUGCGCAUCGUGGAUUCAGCCACUGACACGGAACUCGUCCAUCUCUCUAUGAAUGACUUAUUACCAAGAAAUUCUUAUUUUCGCUUCAAUCCCUAUAUGAGUUUCCCAUAUUCGCUUGAUGAAAUUGAUCCUACAAAACUCGCGCAAAUGUGCCGUGAUGCACAAUUGUACAUACGCCGAAAUAAAGCAAAAUUUGCAGCAGCAGCUGAAAUUUUGCUUGCACCACCUUCUACCACACAAAUACUUCAUCGUAAAUUUCAAAAUUUUCUUUAUCAUAGUGGAUAUUUUACCCAGUUUGUUUAA